CGACAGGGGUCUCGCACCUCUCUGCCCCACCUGUUGGCGUGGAUAAAGGAGAGUUUUCCAAUGCCGCACGGCUCCACCGACGGGUACAUGUUCUCCACCGUUCGUGGCACGCCCAGAGCCGAUCUCUAGGCCUCAUCCGAGGAUUUUCUUCUCCCUUCUGCUGCGGAUCUCCGUUCCUUCCGAGCUGAGCGAGAAAGCCUGAGCUCUGCGGCGGGCGCUGACGCUGUCUCUCCCCGCAGGUGAUGAUGCUGGGCAGCCCGCGGGUGGCCGAGCUGCUGCUGCGGCGAGGAGCCGACCCGAACCGCCCGGACCCGCGCACCGGCUGCCGCCCGGCGCACGACGCGGCCCGCGCCGGGUUCCUGGAGACGCUGGCGGCGCUGCACCGGCCCCUGCCCCUGGACGUGGCGGCGGGGGGCCCGCACGGAGCGGUGGCGCGGUACCUGCGCCACCCGCCGCCCCGUGCCUGACCUCUCCCCGGGCCAUCCCCUCCCCAAAUUUAA